ACACACAGUCAGUUAAUUCUACUAAUGCAAACUAAUGGUUCUGCCUAUUCUAUAAUUCUAUUCGGUGUGGUGGUUGUUGGGUGACUGACACAUGUAGAGUCAAGUGAAGGAUUAAAAUGACGAUAAUUGAUAAAUAAAAAACAAGCGCAAUCAAUAUUUUGACAUAAAAUGGAGAUGGCUACAUUUAAGGAAUCAAGAAUAUCAAGAUGGUAUUUCGGAGGCAUAGCGUCUGCUGGCGCGGCCUGUUGCACUCACCCACUUGACCUGCUCAAAGUACAAAUGCAAACUCAGAAAGGGAAAAAUAUCACUGUAUUAAAAGUAGCAAAAAAUGUUGUGCGUCAACAAGGCAUCAUUGGACUUUAUAAUGGCAUAUCAGCAUCUGUUCUACGUCAACUGACAUAUUCUAUGGCCAGAUUUGGAGUUUAUGAUGUUGGAAAACAGUAUUUGGCAAAAGAUAGCAAACAAUUACCAUUCCACAUGUCGGCGCUCUUAGCCGCCUUAGGAGGAGCUGGGGGUGGAUUUGUUGGUAACCCAGCUGAUUUAGUAAAUGUUAGAAUGCAAAAUGAUAUCAAACUCCCUCCAGAUCAGAGGAGAAAUUACAAAAACGCAGUGCAUGGUAUUUACCGUGUGAUGAAAACGGAGGGCAUCACGCAGUUGUGGGCCGGAACCUCUAUGACCUGCAGCCGCGCCGUUCUGAUGACUAUCGGACAGCUGUCCUUUUAUGACCUAACCAAGUCUUUCUUGCUGACCACGCCAUACUUCCACGAUAAUAUUAUAACUCAUUUUGCUGCGAGUUUAACUGCCGGCGCCAUCGCUACCACCAUGUGUCAACCAUUCGACGUUCUGAAGACAAGAGCAAUGAAUGCUAAACGCGGAGAGACGGGUGGUAUCGUAAAACUUAUUGUUAGCACUGCCAAAGAAGGGCCAAUGGCAUUCUUUAAAGGAUACGUUCCAGCUUUCGUGAGGCUUGCGCCACAAACAGUUUUAACUUUUGUUUUCCUGGAACAACUGAGGUUGAACUUUGGCAUAGUCAAAAGGGAAACAUUGUAGAUGCGAACGACUUAUUGUAAUUCUGUGGCAAUGUUAAUCUUUGACCUCGAUACCUCGUCACAGAGCAUACUGCAUAUUUAAGUUUUGCAUUUACUUGCAUUACUAAACUAACGACGCGAAGUUUCAUAACAAUUUUAUUUCCAAUAUAUUGAUUGAAAAUCCGUUUGACCUCGAUCUCCUGUGAUCCAUAGCAACUACGACGGCAAGGAUGCCUACCACCCGUAAUCAAAGUGGACUUGCAUAAAUACCUAAACAGCGUUGUUCUAGGUACCUACUUUCAUCCCACGCAAUAUUGGCCCGAGUCUUUUUCGGACACAUUUACAAUCAGUUAAUGUCGAACACGUUUUAUAUUAGAAAUUUACUAUUGAGUAUUUUAAUUUAAAAAAUGUUUUUGUUAUUUUAUGCUAUUUUUUAACAAUGUUACGUAAUAUUGUUAAUGGAUCUUUUUUAUUAUAAUAGUAAGUUACCGGACCAAAACCUAACUUACGAUGAUAUUUUUUAUUCUAAACGUUUAUUUAUAUUUUUGAGUACCUACUUAUAAAUAAAAUUUGCUAUUGUAUACUUGUAUGUGAAAAACUGGUUAUCUUAACACGAAUAUUCUGGAAAAAAAUGCUGUAAUUAAAGAUCUGCGUGUAUAUGUUCCUAUGUAUACCUAGGGCUGCUAGUCUACUACUGCUUGCAUUAUUUAUUAACAUCAUCCAUAUAUUCAUUUGUUUAUUUUCUAUGUGCAGUAUUUUAGUGAUCAAAAAGUUCCUUAUUAUCUUUGAAUCUACGACAAAUCUCGCUUGUUGCAUACCUAUUACUCGUAUUAUGUGAAGAAAACAGACAUACCUACAUACUUUGCAAGAAAAGUAUAUAGACAUACUGUUUAUAUAGUGACCGAAACAGUAAAAUUCACUCGGGGCAAUAAGUUGCAAUAAGUAAGGUUCGCGAAUGCUGCGAGUUGUCAUUUUCGUUUCGCGACGGUGAGGAAAUUAUCAUAUUACACACACUGAGAGUUUGUUAGUUUUUAUAUAUAUUUGUUGUUAAUAUAUUUAUUUUAUAUUAUAUUAUCAUGUAAUGACAGAAUGUAAUUCAUUUAAUGUUGUCGAAACAUAAUUUUAAUAGUUUACAAUAAAAUAUUUUUAUGGUCUUCCCGAGUCCCAAAUGAACGUAGCAUUCCUAGCAUAAGUUCAAUUUUUUUUUAUCUACAUAUAGGUAAUGAAACAUUCUUUAAAGGCGUUAAAAAUAAUAGAUCAAACGAUAUUCUUGGAUACAUUUAUCAAUCCAUAAUAUGUAAGUCGCCCAAAUUUUGCCCAAAUGUGAUAUGAUAACUAUUUUUGUUUCUAUGAAUGUUAAAAACAUUCUGGAAUUGAUCUAUAUAAUUAUGGUAUGGUAAUUGCGGUUAUGUACCUACAUAGUAGUCUUGAUGGCAGGUAGGUACCUAAAUACCUAUUUAUUAAGUACAAGGAUGUUAUUUUUAAUUGUGUGAACAUUAACAGUAAGUGUAGUGAAAUUAUUACAAAAAUCGUUUGGUAGGUACUUAUUAGUAAAAAAUGUGAAUUAGUGUGAAAGCAGAUACUUUGUUUACUUAAUUUAAUUUAAUGGUGCCAAAGUGCUACUAACAUACAUUCUUCGAGAUUCCGCUGUGAUGUAAACAGGAUAUUUCAUUAUUUA